CAGUAGAAGUGAAUAUGUAAGAUGUUGCUAUUUUCGGAACCGACAGAUAUAGCAAGCUAGCUGUCCUGGAUUUCUCUUGUUGUCCUUCUAUGUUUUCGCUGCUUUUUAGACCGAGCAUUCAAAUAAGUGUUGUCAUUAUGCGAGAGUUAAAUAAACGCAGUCAGCCAGCUACUUAGGUAGCCUGCAAGCUAGCUAGCUAGCAAAUGUCCACCGUUUGAGUAAUAACGGCAAUAAAAAUGACAGCGCCGAAUCAGCUAGCAAGCUAACACUAGCCGGCUAGCUAAUGUGAGAUAGUCAGCUGCUAAGAGUGGGUGUAUACAAUAGCUAGGUAGCAUUACCGGUAAAUUACUCCUCUAGCACGCUUCCGUGUCCGUUAUUGUAGCUAGCUAGCCUACCUGUCUGUUUCCCUGACAGCUGGGCUAUAUUGGCAAGAUCAACUGGCCGUACAACUGGGUUCAAAGAAAAAAAAAAUGCAAAAUGGACAGAGAAGAAUCUGACAGAUUAAUUGAAAAGGCAAAACUGUGCUUGCGAUCCGGACGGAGAGAUGCAGCGCUUCAGUUACUUUACGAAGCGCAGAAAGUGUACCCCAGCACACGAGCAAGAGUUCUGAUCGACGCCGUUCUGAGGAAUGGGAGCGCCACGGGUGAGAGGACUCGCAGCCAGGACGUGGGCGGCAGGCGCCCCAGCGAGGAUCAGGAGGAGACCGCCAGGGCAAACGAGGAAGGGAAGGGCUACAGCGAGGAGCAGCGGCAGGCGGUGCUCAGGAUAAAGAGAUGCAAAGACUUUUACGAGAUUCUGGGCGUGGGCAAAGACGCCAGCGAGGAAGACCUGAAGAAGGCCUACAGGAAGCUGGCGCUGCGGUUCCACCCUGACAAAAACUGUGCUCCGGGUGCCACCGACGCCUUCAAAGCGAUUGGCAACGCGUAUGCCAUCCUCAGCAACGGCGAGAAGCGGCGACUGUACGACCAGCAUGGGCCGGAGAUGCCCACGGAAAGCCCCUCCCAGCCUGCUGGCCCCGCCCACCCUGGCCACCGGCGCACCUUCCGCCGAGACUUCGAGGCAGAUAUUUCCCCCGAAGAGCUCUUUCACAUCUUUUUCGGGGGGAGGUUCCCUACAGGCAACAUCCACGUUUAUAGCAACAGAGGAGCCUCAUACUCCCAGUACUACUCCCAGCCCCGCCCACGCCGCCCUAACGAGACAAGACGCGAGGAGGAAGUGGAGAACAACAACCGCAGCCAGAACACCUUGACAGCCUUCCUGCAGCUGCUACCUGUGCUGGUGCUCAUCCUCAUCUCCGUGGUAACCCAGCUGAUGCACACCAACCCCCCCUAUAGCCUCUUCUACAAACCGUCGCUGGGCCUGGUGGUUUCCCGGGAGACGCAGCACCUCGGAGUGCCCUAUUACGUGGACAAGGGCUUCCAGAGGGAGUACAGAGGAGUGGCCCUGCGGGAGCUGGAGAAGUCGGUGGAGAGCGACUACAUCGACCACCUACAGAGCAGCUGCUGGAAGGAGAAGCAGCAGAAGUCAGACCUCGCCCACCUGGGUCAGCUGUACCGGGACGACAGACUGAAGCAGAAGGCGGAGUCCCUGAAGCUGGAGAGCUGUGAGAAGCUGAACCGCAUACUAGGGAGACAGAGGGGUAACUGAGGGGGGGGGGGGGCCUGUCACUAACGCACAUGAGACAGUUUUUUUCCCCUUCUACCUGCUGUGAUCCUCAUCCUCCCCCACACAUUUACUUAAUUUACAUUUACAUUUACUUAAGUCCCGCUUUGUGAUUUCUAAGGUGUGAAAUCGCAAAUUCUGAGGAAGCGAUGCUUACUUUUUACUACCUUAAACGGCUUCGUGGUAAUUGCAGCUUGAAUUCGGAGGAAAAUGUGUAAGUGACGAAAAAAGAAACACUUCCUUAAAUUUGUCGUUCAGAGUUGCGUCCAAACCGCAGAGCGGGUGGCUAGAAUGCUGCUUCUCAGUCUCCUUGAUUGCACAAGGCAGCGGUUGCUGCGCUGUUUGAACCUCCACGCUUCCCGUCUGUCUUCUCAGAGGACACGGAGAAAGGUGAGCACUUCGGGAUGCUUAUUGGCUGAAGAGCCGAAGAGGGUGAAUCGUACCUUACGCUAGGUGACGCUGACUGGAAUAAGGACGUUUUCGUUUCCUUACAUUAAGGAAAAGGGAUAGUCUGCUAGUUCAUAGCUCUUUUUCUCCUGUUACCUUAAUCAAGUUACCUGUCAGCAUGUUUUCAAAAGGUCUGUUGAAUGAAAAUGUGACAGAUUUUCUGUGUGUGUGUUAUGAAUUAGAUUUGGGAAGUGGCCACAUUUUGGCUGUCAGGGCUCAGCAGCUUUCAGGUCUGGUUCUUACCAUUUUACCAGAGGGAUCUGGAUUCAGAGCCCAGUGUCUCUGACAACUAACUAACAGCAAAGUGAAGUAACAUGUAAUCAAAGGUAGGGAUUAGGUAUAACUGCAAAGCUGUAUGUCCUUAGAUUUGGGUCAUACAUUCAUACAUUUAAGCAAGUGUUACUUUUUUCAUUUCUAGCAUAUGUUUAGAUAACUUGAGCAUUUAUAAAAUUAAAGUUGUUCUGGUAGUGUCACAACAGACACCGUUCAGGGGUGUUGCAGCAGUGGGUAGCAAUAUGGAGCAGUGAUAGGGAGCAGGGCUGAAAUUACUGUAAAUAUCCAGCUGUAUAAAUGGAUAAGGUAAAAGCUGUAAGCCAUGUAAGUUGCUUACAGGAUAACAUUUGUCAAACAAACAUAAAGUAAUGUAAUGCAAUGGAGUGGUUGUACCUUCUAUGGUACAUCUCCUUAUUAGUAUUUUAGUGCCCCAUCUAGUGGUGACCUGCGGGUACUGCGAUUACCCUGGGCAGACGUUCAGCCUGAAACGGUAAUGCUUGCUUUCAUGUUUUUCAGUGACGAGGACAUCCUGCUUUGCACUUAGAUUUAAUCCAGGCCUGACUCUCACUCCAGUAAGAUGCUAAUUUCAUGGCUCUGGCUGAAGUCACUGAUCACUACGGUAGAGGUUAAUGUCUUGGAUAGUGGCGGUUUCUCCCUGGCUAUUUGUGGAGGCAGGAGAAUGGUUUCAGCUUCACAGCCACUAACCAAGCCCCUUUACCCUAGAGCUCUGUUUCUGAAGUACUGUACGUAUAAACCUGAGAUUGAGCUCCUAACCAUGGCCGACAGUACUUUUUUUUUUUUUGUAUGUUCGAAAUGCUUCACCUAGUGUCUUUGCUGUAUGCAGAAGAGAGUGCCAAAAGUUUUUGUUGGUAUGUAUACUUUAAACUUAAUUUGCUCAUUGCACUUUGUUAGAUUAUGAAGUUAUGUUUCAUGAUGAUUGAGCUAGUUUUUUUCCCUUGUAACCCCCACCACACACACUUAGACUCACUGCAUGCUGCUCUGUGGAAGGGCCCAAUGCCCUCUCCUUCCUUCUACAUUUGGAUGUUCCUAUACUCUAGUCUAUAGCAACAGUGCAGUGCAUUUAUAUACAGGAGGACAUCGGUACGGCGGCACACCGCCUUGUGUCCGUUUACAACGGACCAUUAACGACUUGUAGAACGCCGUCAGCAUUGGUUUUAGUUUUUAUCGUUAAAUUAUUUUCCUCCCUUUAGUCGGGAUCGGGUACGAUUCUGUUCUGUCCGUUCCUCGUCAGUGGGAGGUCUGUGGGACUCGCCUGCAUUUGCACUGCAUCUGGUGAGAAAGUGAUCUUUCUCUCUGGGGCCUCUCAUGGAACUUACUGAUGUAACAUGACUUAGAGAUGAUUUAAUAAAACAUAUCG